CCUCUUCUAAAUGUUAUAGGGGACCUCCAUAUGAGCACAUGUAAUUUUAUCUUGAAGUUGGUGAAGAUGAUAAUUUUUAUAUAUGGGACAAUGAACAAUGAGGUGUAUUAUAUCCAUUGGUUCUUGGUUAGGUUAAGACAACUAUUUGUUUUACCGUUUCAUUCCUUUGUAUUAUACAUACUACACAUGGGAGUCUUACAAGUCUUGUGCGUGUUCUUGGUUUAUGUAUUAAAAACUUAAGGCUCCUGGGAGCUGAUAAGUAUAGGCAUGGAGGAAGCUUCUAACUUCAGGAAGGAGUUCUUAGUUUCUCCCAUGGGCCAACUUGAUUGUGUUUUUUAUUAGGCAAGCAAUUAUUUGUCCAGGGUUUUGUUUGGUGUUACUUUCCUGCUUGGUACUACAGGUUUUUCUAGUCUGGUUUGUUCUUAUGGAUUAAGAUACCUUAUAAUAGGAAUGGAUUAGGAUACCUUAUAAAUAGGAAAUCCUGACUUUUUGUGCUUGAUUGAGAUACCUUGUAUGCAACCUGUUUAUUUGAAGUAGUCUUUGAUGCGUACGUGAUUGCAUCUUUGUAGGGGACACCGAAAUCACAAUUUGUUAUUAAAUUUUGUUAGCAAGAUUAAUGACUUCUUUUUUUCCCUACACAUAUUUUCCAGAAAGUUUCUUGUUGAGUAUUCAAAUACACUGACAGUUGAUGGCUUCACUGGAUCUUGGUUCUCCCUGGCCAUCCCAAACAGUCGAAAUCUUUGAUGGAUGUUUUAAUAUACUCAUAGAAGAAGGGAAUUCAGGAGAUAGUUUAGAUUGGCUUGAGGUUCCUGCCACUGCGUUGUGCAACAAGCUGGAUAUACCAAAACCACCUCCGCUUCCUUGUAAAACUGGUGAGAGACCCAAUAAUCCUGCAUGGCCUGCAGACUCUUGCUUUGUUCCAAAGGAAGCAAAAGAUACAUGGGACAGGCUAUAUAGAGAAGGAUAUGGAGCAGAUGUAUGUAUAAUAACAGAAAACAAGGCGACCAUUUCAGCUCAUUACAGUGUUCUGAGUGUUGCAUCACCAGUACUGGGAAAUUUUCUCCAGCAAUCGAUAGUUAAAAAUGGUAUCAGAUAUGUAAAGAUUCCGGGGGUACCUUGUGAAGCUGUCAGCGCUUUUGUACGUUUUCUGUACUCAUCCUGCUAUGAAGAAGAAGAUAUGAAGAAGUUUGUUCUCCAUUUAUUGGUUUUAUCACAUUCUUACUUAGUACCGUCGCUUAAAAGACUCUGUAUACACAUUUUGGAGCAGGGUUGGCUGACUUGCGAAAAUGUGAUAGAUGUGCUUCAGUUAGCUAGGAGUUGUGAUGCAUGGAGGCUCUCUCUCAUUUGUACUCGUAUGGUUGUGAGGGAGUUUAAAACCAUAUCUUCAACUGAAGGAUGGAAAGUUAUGAAACGAACUAAUCCUCCACUUGAACAGGAGCUUCUGGAGUCCGUUGUUGAAGCAGAUUCUAGAACACAAGAGAGGUUGAGGAAAACUGAAGAGAGGAAGGUUUAUUUGCAACUGCAUGAAGCGAUGGAAGCCUUGCUUCACAUCUGCAGGGACGGUUGUAGGACAAUUGGGCCCCGUGACAAAAUGCUGAAAGGAAGCCAGGUUGCUUGUGGUUUCCCUGCUUGCAAAGGGAUCGAGAUUCUAGUACGCCAUUUUUCUGGCUGUAAGACCCGAGUACCUGGUGGAUGUUUACAUUGCAAGCGCAUGUGGCAACUUCUUGAAUUGCAUUCCGGCAUGUGCAAUGAGCCUGAUUGUUGUAAGGUUCCUCUUUGUAGGUAA